UUCUGGCGUUGGGUCAGCGCGGAAUGACGCGACUGGCCACAGCCACGCUCGAGACUUCUAGAAGUGGCGCCUGGGCCUAUAUAAGCCCAGGACGCCUCCCUCGGAGGAAGUUGGGAGUUGAUCCGGGCGAUAGUGCCGCGGGUGCGGCGAGAGUCCUGAGCGAAGCGUCGAGUGGAUCCUCGGCGAAGGGAAGUGUGACGGCGGCGGCGGAGUGCGGCGACAGAGGUCCACAAGGGGUGCUGCGGCGAGAGUUGCGCCAGAGCGAGGUGGGCGGCCGGCGAAGAGCGCGCGCCACCAUGGAGGAAGGCGGUCCGGCGGAGCGCGCGGCCAGCGAGGACCAGGCGCCGGAGGGCGGCUGGGGGUGGUGCGUCGCCCUCGGCAUGUCCGUCAUGUUCAUCGUGAUGAUGGGCCCCGUGGGCUGCUUCGGGCUGGUGUUCGGCGAGUUCCUGGAGGCCGUCGGUGGCGGCACGCAGGCCUUCACCGUCGUCGUCAGCGUGUUCGUGACGUCUGUGUCGCUCACAGGUCUGGUGACCAACUACGCCAUGAAGGAGUACAGCGCGCGCCAGGUGGGCAUCGCCGGGUGCCUGUUGGCGUUCUCCGGCAACUUCCUGUCCAUAUUCGCCACUAGCGUCAACUACUUGGUCAUCACGUACGGCAUUGUGCAAGGCACCGGCUUCGGGCUGAUGAUCACGCCGUCGUUCACCGCCAUGAACACGUACUUCAUCCGGCGGCGCAACUUCGCGAUGGGGCUGGCGCAGAUCCUGAUCGGGCUGGGCUGCAUGCUGUACCCGCUGCUCAUCAGCCUGCUGUACUCGCGCUACGGCUUCCGCGGCACCCAGGCCGUGCUGACGGCGCUGGUGCUGCACUCUCUGCCCGCCAUGGCCACCUUCCAGCCCGUCAGGUGGCACAUGCCCGCCGGCCGGCGCGGCAGCACGAGGCCCGCCGAGGGACCGGUGGAGCAGGCCGCGGGGGAGCCCCCUCCCGCCGGCCCGGGGGAGACGGAGCGUCUCCUGGACCAGCAGUCGCCCGCCCUCGUCGAGAACGGCGAGGCGAGCCCGGCGAAGCGGCGCAGGUCGGUGGCGGACGAGCGCGGGCGCAACCACAGCCUCGCCUCUGUGGACAGCAUGCCCGUCAGCCUGGCCGCCGUGCUGGGCCACAGGGGCAGCGGCGCCCCGCUCCGCCCUGCCGGCGCCAAGACACCCGCCAGGGCGACGGCGCUAGAGAAGAUGGUGGACUUCUUCGACCUGAAGCUGCUGCUGGACCCGGUGUACGUCAGCAUCUCGGUGGGGCUCUCAGUGGCGAUGGUCGCGGACAUGUCCUUCUUCAGCUUGCUGCCCGUGUACUUGGCGCACCUGGGCGUGCCGCAGGAGGGCGUGGCCACGUGCCUGUCGGUGGGCGCCGCCUGCGACCUGGUCAGCAGGGUGGGCCUCGCGCUCCUGGGGCUCGUGGCGACCGUCGACAGCCGCACGCUGGUGCUCGUCGGCCUCGUCUUCACCACCGUCUUCAGGACCGUGUUUAUCUUCUACACGGACUACGUCUACCUCACAGUGUUCACCGGCAUCAUCAGUAUCUUCAGACCCCUGCUGCUCAUCGAGCUACCUCUAGUAUUCGCAGAGUACUGUAGCCUUCAGAGGUUCCCCUCGGCAUACGGCCUCUUCAUGAUCAUCAGCGGAAUGCUCUCUCUUGUCUUUGGACCAAUUGUAGGUGUCAUCAGAGACGUGACAGGAAGCUAUACAAUAUGUCUGCACUCGCUGGCAAUACUGACGAUGAUGUGCAUUGUCUCAUGGUUAAUAGAGCUGUUUGUCAUGAGGUUUAAGUGGAGGCGGUCACUUUCACAGCGCAUUUUGAAUCUCAAAUAAAGAAACUUAACAAAAA